AUGAGCGAGAGGAAGUUUGCUCGUGGAUUAACAAAACCUGGGACGGCUGCUCAAUUGAGGGAAACUGUCUCACAAGUUGUUAGAGAAAGCACCGUGCAAAAUAAACCACAUCGAGUAGAGCCUCUUGACUUUGAGAAAUUCGUCAUUAAAAACAAAACAGUUCUUCAAAAUGAUCCUGAAAGAGAGCUGUUACUUUAUCCCCCAGAUGAUAUGUCUCAAAUUGUGUUACCUAGAAGAUUCCGAACCUUAUCCCAAACCUUUCCCCCAACCGACGAAACAGAAAAUUGCAAUUUAUUUACGAAACAAUGCAUCAAAAACUAUUCAUGCAAUUGGAACCUGAUCCAUUACAAAUACAGCGCUUAUUCCGGAAGUUGCGUAGAUCUACCGAUAAAACCGAAAGAGGAAAAGUUUCAAGAAGAGAUUUAUGAAGUUGACAUCGAUACUGAUGCAGUGGACGAUUUGAAACCGAGGUUAGAUAAUAUAACGAAGGAGGGGUUUUUAUUGAAGGGACCGGAAAUAGGAUACGAAAGGUCGUUUGUAAACAUUGGCUCAAAAAGUUUUAAACGAAGGUAUUGCUAUUUACGACAAGAAGUAGAUGGUACUUAUAUUUUGGAAAUGUACAAAGAUGAGAAAAAGGGCGAAGCUAAAGUCACAAUAGUAAUGGAUUUUUGCACAGAUGUAGUAAAGAAUUUAAAAAGGGGAAGAUUUUGUUUCGAGUUGAGAAUGACGUCUGGUCAUAAAUCAUAUUUAUUAGCAUCAGAAAAUGAAGGGGAUUUUAAAGAUUGGUUGAGUAAAUUGAGUUCAGUUUUACAACAAAAUAAAAUUCAAGAGGAGAAGCGAGCAGCAUCUCUAGAAAGAGAACGUAGUACACCUCCACCAUCUCCACAAAUUCAACCGUUUGGGACAUUGAAAGGACUCGAACAAAGCAUGAAUCCCCAAUUAAUGAAAUACGCCCGUGAGACUGAUCAUAGCAUAGCACAUUUAAGAAAAGAAAAUCGCCAUAAGAUAUUUGAGCUUCAUCCGCACCUAGCGAUGAAUUUCAAACCUCAAAAUUCUAGUCAAGACCAAGUAGAACCCUAUAAGGAAGUGUUCGGAUUUAGGGUAUUUCUGAGAUGCGAAAAUAUUAGGUUAAAACUACAAGUAGUCGACGAUAGGGAAAAUCUUUGCCAAGUGGAACCGUACCAUACAACUUUGUGCCUAUUUGAUGCCAAAUACGGGCGAAAACUGACUGAAAACUUUCAUUUCGACGUUAACAGCAAUAGCAUUAGAAAUACGUUUGCUAAUGGGAUCAACAGUGAUUCGAAGAAUCUUAGACUGGGUCUUCCAGAUAAUUUAAACUCAGAAUGGCUGUUUUACCCACGCCAAGCUCUUAUGAGUAUUACAAAUCCACACCCCGAUAUUUUUCUAGUCGUUAGGAUAGAGAAAGUUCUGCAAGGAGGAAUAGGCCAGACAUCAGAACCUUAUGUUAAAGCCUCCAAGGAUCCGAAAGUAAGCCAAAAAGUUUAUAAAAAUAUUGCAAUGUGUUGCCAGCGGCUUGGGAAAUAUAGAAUGCCAUUUGCCUGGGCUGCCAGACCUGUUUUUAGAUUGUAUAGUAACGAGCUAGAUACGACUUCCGAUUUUCACGCCAUCUACAGACAAGAGCCAAAUAAAAUUACCGAUGAAGAGUUGUUGAAGUUGUUAUCAGACUACAGAAAGCCCGAUAAAUUCAAUAAGUUUACUGUGAUUCCUGGAUCUUUAGAUAUAAAAUUGUCUACCAUAAAUGAUCUUCCACCAAAUACUUUAUCAACAUCUUUAGCACCUCUGAAACCGUUUCCCUUGCCACCAACUUCUGAGCCAACUUUAGAAUUAGCAGAAUUGGAGGGUCUUUCAGAUAAAGAUAUAAAUCCUUAUACCACGUUUACUAAUCAUUUAUAUGUGUAUCCUUUAAAUUUAAAUUUUGACAUGCAAAAGACAUUUGCGAGGGCUAGGAAUAUAGCUUGCGUCAUAGAAGUUAGGGAUUCUGAUAAUGAAGAGGCCAAAGGUUUACAGUGCAUUUAUGGCAGGCCUGGACAACCUCUAUUGGUGUCACAAACCUCAUGCGCUGUUUUGCAUCACAAUACCUUUCCUACUUGGUAUGAAGAGGUCAAAAUAAGGCUUCCAACUAAUUUGCUUUUCUCUCAUCAUUUGUUAUUUACUUUUUACCAUAUAUCCUGUGAUAUUACCAAGAAGCGAGAGAAUGGCAUAGAGAAUUGUGUCGGUUAUGCUUGGUUACCAUUGCUGCAGAAGGGAAAGUUGAAUGUAGAUACACAAGUUAUACCUGUAGCUGCUCACUUGUUACCAGGAUAUUUGUCUAUUCAUCCAUUUGGAUUGGGCAAAGGCAAUGCGGGUCCUGAAAUAAUUUGGAUAGACGGCCAGAAGCCAAUUUUUACUGUAGGAUUUAACUUAGUCUCCACUAUAUAUACAAAAGACCAACAUUUAUACAAUCUUUUUAAUCACGCCGAAAGACUGUUGGACACAAAACCGACAUCUAUACCAUCAGAAAGCGAAACGUGUAAAAUUUUGAAAGCUUUACACGCCAUUCACCUGACAACGCUCAUAACUUUUUUACCCACUCUUUUUAAUCAACUUUUUACAUUGUUAGUCAUGACCAAUAGCGAAGAAAUAGGUAUAAAUGUCAUUAGAGUUUUGAUAAAUUUAGUGACUAUGAUUUACGACGUCAAACGAAAGGAAAUACUGCAUGCUUACGUAAAAUACGUUUUCGUAUCUCCCGACAGCAAGAAGGCUACAACCGUUCAUGAAGAAAUGUGUCGCCAUCUACCAGUAAUUUUGCAUCCUAAUAAUACCGAUUUUUUAGUAGUAAAUAAAUUUAUGCACCAUUCUGAUUUCUUUUUUGAAGUUAUCAUUAAGGGUAUGGCGCAGCAUCUGCUCAACUCCGGAAGGAUUAAGAUGCAUCGACAUGAAAGAUUUUCUACAGAUUUCCUUGAGAAAAUAGAACAUUUAAUGCAAGUUUUGAUGCCUUACGUACUGAAUAAAUAUAAGGAAAUGCCUAUAGAAACAAAGGAAUUAAAUAAGAGCAUGGCAUAUUUUUUAAAGAAAUGUCUUUCUCUGGUAGACAGAGGCUUCAUUUUCAAAAUCAUCAAAUCUUACAUGGACAAAUUCAGUCCGGGCGACUCCAGGGUACUUCAAGAAUAUAAAUUUAACUUCUUGGAAAUCAUUUCUAACCACGAGCACUACAUAUCUUUUAACUUGCCCAUACAAUACAGCAAGCUGAGUCCUCGAAAUAAGUCUCCGGACAAUACACAAGACUUUACGCUAUCUGAAGAGUUUUGCAAACACCAUUUCCUAGUCGGUUUGCUCCUGCAAGAAGUUAGAACUUCUUUAAACGAAGUAACUCACAUUAGAAAAACAUCACUUAAUACGCUGAAAAGUCUCAUAGCUAAGCACGAAUUGGAUGACCGGUAUCAGAAUAAGAGACAGAUGAGCAGGAUAGCGCUUAUUUACCUACCUUGGUUGACUGUGGUGUUAGAAAAUUUAAGUAGAUUAGAUGUCAAGGGUGAAAUAGACGAAGAAGGCAAUAAUAGUAUAGUUAAUAGAAUGUCUUCUAGUAGUUCUUUUCUUUUUGGAAAAAGCUCAGCCAGCGAGUGUACACCAAGAAGCCACCGGUUUACUUUACACAUGGACAAAGAUAGUCCUAUGCAUAUUAGGAAUUCAACCUUUUUUGAUGCCAUUGCAGGUCAAUCUUUAGUUAAUGGAAAUUCUCUAAGUGUGGAUUCAGAUAUAUCUGCAAUGUCUGGAGAUGCACAAUCCACUAUUUCUCAAGACACAACCAUCGUUAGAGAUGACAGUAUCAGAAAUGGAGAGAUAAAAACCCAUACGCGUACAACCUCUCAUAUAUUGAGAUAUGACAAAUUACAACCUCAAGAAGUAAAAGAUGUCCUUUUAAUAUUCUUAUUUGUCAUUAAAUAUUUAAACGAAGAUCAGUUAGUUGCUUGGUGGGAGAACUAUUCCGAACACGAUGUUGUUAAUUUUUUUACAGUCAUGGAGCUGAGUUUGAUUUGCUUUAGGUACCUUGGUAAGAGAAAUUUGAAUGUUGUUAAAGUUAGCGAAUCGGAAAAUGUGAAACCUAAAGCGAAAAAGGCACAUACGUUACCGGCUAGAAUGAAUCCUUCCGAAAUGAGUCAUGAUAAUACUGGGACGUUGGUUAUUCAUGCACCCAGAGAGAAUUUGGUUGAUUCAGAAAACGAAGUUCACAGGCAACAACAAGCAAUUUUAGAACAGCAUUUAGCUAGCGAAAUAGGUCUCAUAACUUUGGAUUGUAUGGGACUGUAUAGUAUGCAUUUUCGAAAGAAAUUACUGAAUACUGAUCCAGAAAAUGAAGUUUUAAAGAAAAUGUUUGACAUCUACUUAAGUUUUAUACAAAUUGGACAAAGUGAAACAUUGCUGAGACAUGUUUUCGCUUCGCUUAGAGCUUUUAUUAAUAAUUAUUCAGUCAUGUUAUUUCAAGGAAAUGCUGUACUUUGUGGCAGACUGUGUUAUGAGCUGCUCAAGUGUUGUAACAGUCGUUUGGCUUCGAUUAGACAAGAAUCGUGUGCAAUUUUGUACUUACUGAUGAGAAGCAAUUUCGAAUUUACCGGACGUAAAGGACUCACGAGAGUACACUUGCAAGUUAUUAUUUCAGUUUCACAAAUGUUGGGAAAUAUUGUCGGUCUUAAUAACUCUAGAUUUCAGGAAAGUUUGUCUUUGAUAAACAGUUACGCUUCGAGUGAUAAAGCAAUGAAAGGAACCGGUUUUCCUGUUGAGGUAAAAGACUUAACGAAAAGAGUAAGAACAGUACUUAUGGCAACAGUACAAAUGAGGGAGCAUCAUCAUGAUCCAGAAAUGUUGGUGGACCUACAACAUAGUUUAGCAAAUUCGUACGCCUCUACUCCUGAAUUAAGGCACACUUGGUUAGAAACGAUGACCAGGCAUCAUGUCAGAGAUGGAAACUAUUCCGAGGCCGCUUGCUGCCAGCUUCACAUCGCCGCUCUAAUGGCGGAAUACUUAAAACUGAAAAAGAUCCACAAAUGGGGCGCCGAAAAAUUCGAAUUGAUAUCAUCGAACAUUCCAAAAGACGAGAAAGGCUUGAAGCUAGAUUCCGGCGUACAGGAUAUUCAAUACUCCGAAUUUAUUCUCCAGGAACAACUGGAACGUUGCGCCGAAUAUUUAGAUAAAGCCGAACGGUACGAAAUUUUAGGAGAAUUGUACAAACUUAUAAUACCGAUCCACGAGAAAAAGAGAGACUACGAUAUGCUGAGAAAAUGUUACUCGGCUCUGGCCGAGAACUACGUAAAAGUUAUUGAAGCUAAUAGGAGUUGCAAAAGACUGUUGGGACGGUAUUAUAGAGUCGGGUUUUACGGGCAGGCGUAUUUCGAAGAUGAAAGUGGUACUGAGUAUAUUUACAAGGAACCUAAAGUUACCUCGUUGAGUGAGAUCGCUGAAAGAUUGUUUAAGCAAUAUUGUGAUAAAUUUGGAGCCGAUGUAGUCAAGAUGAUACAGGAUUCGAUACCAGUAAACCAAUCAGAGUUGGAUCCAAAACUGGCGUAUAUUCAAGUUACACAUGUAACACCUUAUUUUGAAAAAGAGGAACUCGAGGAAAGACAAACGGAAUUUGAGCAUAACCACGACAUUAAUUGCUUCAUGUUCGAAACCCCCUUCACUAAAGAAGGAAAGGCCAGGGGAAAUCCCGAAGAACAAUGGAAAAGAAGAACUAUAUUAACCACCGCGUAUUUUUUUCCUUACGUAAAGAAAAGAAUAGCCGUAACGUCGGUGCGACAAACUGAAUUGACGCCCAUUGAAGUAGCCAUCGAUGAAAUGCAAUGCCGCGUAGCCGAAUUGGAGGACGUAGUUUUUACCCAACCGACAGAUGCAAAGAAAUUACAAUUGAGGUUGCAAGGAAGCGUAUGUGUGCAAGUCAACGCUGGUCCGUUGGCUUAUGCAAGCGCGUUUUUAGAUCCCGCUUUGUGUAAUAUGUAUCCCGAUGAAAAAGUUGAGGAGCUAAAGGAUAUUUUUAGAGAGUUCCUUAAAAUAUGCUACUCAGCCUUACAAAUCAACAGCAAACUCAUAGCCAUCGAGCAGCACGAAUAUCAAGAGGUAUUGCGACAAAAUUACAAGAAACUAUGUUCCUCAUUGUCCGCGCUAUUCGGUGAAACGCUUUGGCCGCACGACGAGAUGGGCAGCUUUAAAAGAAACAGUAUGGCAUUAUUUAGCGUUGUAACGGGAGCAUCACAGAAUUCUAGUACAGCCUGA